UUGUGAAAGCGCGGCAGCGGAAGUGACAGUGACUGUCCCGUAGCUGCUAGUCCCAGCUGACACUCGGACGCUCGCGCUCGGAAAGACAUUAACACGGGACCGAACCGAACACACAAAUACGCACACAACCGGACGGAAGCUCGACUUUAAGGCGCCAGCAGUGCGUGCGGUAGGAAGCCUUUAUUGGGGACAUUUUUCCUCUGACGGAGACGUGCUAAGCUAAUGCUAACGGAGCGAGCCCGUGUGCCGUGUACGUUGCAUGCAGUCGUUUGUGUUGUGAAUGCUAAGUGUUAACAGUCACAACACAAACAGUCCACUUAAAACGCGAGCGCUAAGGUAAGCGAGCAUGUUUGUGUUGGCUGCAGCUUGUCGACACGAGAACGAUGAAACUUGAUGACAAGUUAGGGAUUCCUGACGCUCCAACCUGCCGAACGUUCUGCCACGUUAGAGAAAAAUCGAACUAUUAAUGCUGAAAACUAUUACUGGAAAUCCACUUGAAUGGAGUUGCCAAGGGUAACGGAGUAAGGGAAGCGGUCGGGGUGAUGCCACUGCACAUGGUCGUCAUGGAGAACGGACAGCACGGCAACACGACGACGACGAGGCUCGGCCUGCCGCCGCUCACUCCUGACCAGCAGGAGGCGCUGCAGAAGGCGAAGAAGUACGCCAUGGAGCAGAGCAUCCGGAAUGUUCUCGUCAGGCAGAACAUUGCUCAGCAACAGCAGCUCAGCGGACUGCAGAUGGCAUCCUUGUCAAUGGGUUUAGGUGAACUUUCACCUCUGCAGUCAGUGGCUGCCCAACGCCAGCGCGCCCUGGCCAUCAUGUGUCGCGUGUACGUGGGCUCCAUCUACUACGAGUUGGGCGAGGACACCAUCAGGCAGGCCUUCAUCCCCUUCGGACCAAUAAAAAGCAUCGAUAUGUCCUGGGACUCCGUCACCAUGAAGCACAAGGGUUUCGCAUUUGUGGAGUACGAGACGCCGGAAGCCGCUCAGUUGGCACUGGACCAAAUGAACUCUGUCGUCCUGGGAGGGCGAAACAUUAAGGUGGGCCGGCCCAGCAACAUCGGGCAGGCGCAGCCGAUCAUCGAGCAGCUGGCGGAGGAAGCUCGCGUCUUUAACCGGAUCUACGUGGCGUCUGUUCAUCCCGACCUGUCGGACGGUGACAUCCGGAGUGUCUUCGAGGCCUUCGGCAAGAUCAAGUCAUGCAUGUUGGCCCAUGAGCCGACCACGGGACGUCACAAAAGCUACGGUUACAUCGAGUACGACAAGCCUCAGUCCGCAGUCGACGCGGUGGCCUCUAUGAACCUGUUUGACCUGGGCGGCCAGUACUUGCGAGUGGGGAAGGCCGUCACCCCGCCCGUGCCACUCAUCACCGCCUCCGGAGACCUCACCGCAGCCGCCAACUUCACUGCACAGGAUCCAGUGGGAGCGUCGGUGCUGCGAGCGCUGGCCGGUCUUCCCCAAGGCGUCAUGGCGGCUCAGGCUCCAGGUGUCAUCACAGGCGUGACCCCGGCUCGACCCGGGCUGCCGCAAGUGGCUCUGGUCAAUCCCGUCCUGGCCACGCCCCCUGCCCCGAGGACGCAGGAAGCGCUCCAUCAGGGGGCGCAUUUGGACGAGAGUAAACACGAACAGAUGGACGGACACCACGAUAUCAACAAGAUCAUACGCAAUCCCAAAUCCCGCGUGAUGGUUCUGAGGAACAUGGUGGGCCAGGACGACAUCGACGACGACCUGGAGGGAGAGGUCACCGAGGAAUGCGGGAAGUUUGGCCAGGUCAAGCGAGUGGUCAUCUACCAGGAACGUCAGGGAGAGGAAGAGGACGCCGCCGUCAUCAUCAAGAUCUUCGUCGAGUUCUGCCACACGGCCGAGAUGAACCGGGCUGUUUGGGCUCUGGACCGCCGCUGGUUCGGAGGUCGCAAAGUGGCGGCCGAGGCGUACGAGCAGGACCGCUUUGAGAAUAACGACCUGUCGGCAUAGACGGCGGCCCGUGGCGACUUGUCGGCGUAGACUGCGGCCGAUGGCGACCUGUCGGCGUAGACGCCGGCCAACGGGCCGCCGCCGCCUCAGGGAGUAACGUAAGGGGCGGCGUAAGGUCCCGCUUUGGUUUCAGAACCUGAAUCGGGCCUCGAACGAGCGGCUAAGUCACCGCGCUCAGUCGACCCGUUAGUUCCGACGGCACCUUUUAGAAAACAGGAAGUGGACGUAAGGAACCUUGGUAACGUUUGUCAGCCGUCUUAAGAAUGCGAGUAAAUGUUUACGGUCACCAUGGGAACCACAUUACCACCGCUGUGCUCCACAUGUGACGUAGCCUGAUGAAUAAGUUCCCCCACAACUUCGUUUGACUCUCAAAUAAUGUCGACAAACACUUUGUAAAGGUUUAUCUUUGUUUUAUAUAAAAGCAAACAAAGAAUAAACACUUUGUAAAGGUAUAUCUUUGAUUUAUAUAAAAGCAAACAAAGAAAAUGUCCAAAACACUGGCAGUUCAUUUUUGUUUAUUCGACACGACCGCCCCUGCCACCCGAGUGAGGAUAAGCAGUUUAGAAAAUAGAUGGCUGGAUGGACGACACUACUGCCAUCUGGUGGUCAUUGUAGGAUCGUGUUGAAAAGGGACCUUACUUCUCAUAACAUCUUACUGAAGGCCAGCAAAUUGUACCGAGGUGCGAAUGGGAAACAAUUGUUGUUUCUUGUUGCGCCCUUACUUUGUAUGGCGAUCCGUCUGUUGUUCGUCUAUCCGUGUAUUGCAGGCAUUGAAUGCCGACCAGUCAAAUUAUUAUUAUUUUUUAAGACAUUUUCCAUUUCAGCUUUAUUGAUGCAGGUAAGGCAACUGCCAACAGAUUCCUAUUUGCAAUGCUGACCUGGCAGCCAAAUGGAAACUUUCGUCUCCAUGUGUCCUGACACACGUCCGCGGUGUUUGUGAGUGUAUCUGACUUGUAACCCGGUCAGAUGAGACAAGACUCCCCUUCACCAGCAACUCUACAAGAGGAGGACAAGUGUUACGCAAACCGGAUCGAUGGAUGUUGGCCCCAAAUUUUGUUAGAACAAGAACCCAAUUGCUUUAGCCGGGUUUAUUUGGAACGACACAAGAAUGUCCCAGAAGCCGAAGCACAAAUGGGGCUCAGUCAACUUCCAGUUUUUGUUUUGUUU